AUGUUAAGAAGUUUUCUAAAAAUUCGAAAUUAUCAUAUGAGAGACAAAAACAAAAGGAAAAAUGCCAAUACUCUUUCCAACAUCUGCCUGGAGAUAAAUAGAAAUAUAGAGACAGAAAGAUCGGAAAAAGAAAAUUUGUCUAAUAGUUUACCAAAAACUGCAAGAAAGCAAAUUUAUAAUGAAAUGAAGCCAUAUCUUACACAUGUUUCAAUUGGAUAUCUACAAAUAAUGACUUGUAAAGCAAGAAAAAUCAAUAAGUUAUUUGGAUAUAAAUAUGACCCUAUAACUCUAAAAAAGAUUAAAG